GGGAGAGCUUUCCCAAAUGAUGAGGGAAGCGGCGAUUGAUUUCAGGAGAUAUGCCAGAGAAACACGACUGUGUGUAGUACAUGGUUAGCUGGUAUAUUAUAGUGUGUCUGUCAUCUUCAGAACAGUUUCCGACUUGGUGAGAAGGAAGAAAGAAAUAUAUUUUACAAAUAUGACGACGUUGUCGUUGCUUUUCAUGGCCAUGUCGGUCGCCUUAAUAACUGCAGAAUCAACAGUGUAUUUCCGAGAGCAGUUCGAAGACGGUGAUGCAUGGAGUAGCCGAUGGGUGGAAUCGAAGCAUAAAUCGGACUAUGGGAAGUUUGUGCUCUCUGCAGGCAAAUUUUAUGGUGAUGCAGAGAAAGACAAAGGUCUUCAGACCAGCCAAGACGCUCGCUUCUACUCCCUAUCCUCGCGCUUUGAGCCUUUUAGCAACAAGGACCAGACUCUGGUAAUCCAGUUCACUGUCAAACAUGAACAAAACAUCGACUGUGGUGGUGGUUACAUCAAGCUCUUCCCAGCAGACCUAAACCAGGAGGAUAUGCAUGGAGACUCAACAUACAAUAUUAUGUUUGGUCCCGAUAUUUGUGGGCCAGGUACAAAAAAGGUUCACGUGAUCUUCAAUUACAAAGGCAAAAAUCAUUUGAUCAACAAAGAUAUUAGAUGCAAGGACGACGAGUAUACUCACCUAUACACAUUGAUAGUAAACCCUGACAACACCUAUGAGGUGAAAAUUGACAACAAGAAGGUGGAAUCUGGCAGCCUGGAGGACGACUGGGACUUCCUCCCGCCCAAAAAGAUCAAAGAUCCUGACGCCAAGAAACCCGAAGACUGGGACGAGCGGGAGAAAAUCGACGACCCCGACGACAAGAAGCCGGAGGGCUGGGACAAACCAGAGAACAUUCCAGACCCUGAUGCCAAAAAGCCUGAUGACUGGGAUGAUGAGAUGGAUGGAGAAUGGGAGCCACCAAUGGUCUCCAACCCUGACUACAAAGGUGAAUGGAAACCUCGUCAGAUUGACAACCCGGCCUACAAAGGCAAAUGGGUGCACCCUGAAAUAGACAAUCCAGAAUACACGCCCGAUGCGGAAAUCUACAAAUAUGACAGCAUUAGUGUGAUUGGGUUAGACUUGUGGCAGGUAAAAUCUGGCACAAUUUUUGACAAUUUCUUCAUCACAAAUGAUCCAAAGCUUGCAGAGGAGAUUGGCAAUGAGACUUGGGGUCAGACAAAGGACCCUGAAAAAAAGAUGAAGGAAAGUCAGGAAGAGGAGGAGAGGAAGAAAAGAGAGGAAGAGGAUAAGAAACGGAAGGAAGAAGCAAAGGAUGAAGAAGAGGAAGAAGAAAAAGACGAAGAGGAGGAAGAAGAAGAAGAAGAAGAAGAGGAGGAGGAGGAAGAAGAAGAAGAGGAAGAAACAGACUCUAAACUCAAGGAUGAGUUGUAGAUUUAACACGGACUUCUGUAGAGAUGCUUUGUCCACUAUGAUCUAUUUGGACAAGGCAGAGGCCUGGACUAUGCUGGACAUUCCUUUUGUUAUUAAAACCGGCCAUUUCUGGGAGGGAUUUUAGUUUUGCUUUUUGUCUCAGUGAAAAUAUUCAUAACUUAAUUGUCAUACGUUGAGUUUCAACAGACUAACGGAAGGGUCAGAGUCUUAGUAUUUUUCAGACAGGUAGUUUAACAUGGAGACAAAGUGAAAAAAACAAACAAAAAAACCCCACAAUGUUCCUUACUGUGAUGUGAUACAUGCAUCCCAUGUUUUUUUGUUUUCUUUGGGGUUUUUUUUUUGUGUGUGUGUGUGUAUGUAUAUCUGUUUACAUGUUUCAUCAGUGACCUUUAUCUCAACUUGAUGUCUGUUGGUUUUGGAGACAUCUUUCCUUAAAACAAACACACAAACAAACAAACAUCUCUUUUCAUUCUCUUUAAAGAGAGUGCAACGAACAAUGCAGUGUGGUACUGUAUAGUGUAAAUUUGACAUUUUCGGACACUGAAACCGUUACCUCAUGUUACAUUUCGUAUGUCUGUCUAAACCUUUGAGAGGCGUCGGAGCAGGUACGUCUGUGGAUCUGUGAUCCCAGUCGACGUUCUCUUUUUUUUUUUUUUUCUCUGAAUCAUCUGCCCUGUCUUACAUGUGUGACAUCUUAAUCUUCUUACUGUUUGUGUGUUGUACUUCUCUCUUUGUGACGAGUAAGGCUACGAUGAAAGUUAUCCCACCCAGAACACUACACUAUUUGUUUUUGUGUGUGUGUGUGUUUGUGUGUUUUAUUCUGUUGCACAUUUUUUUUUCUUCCGAAACCUUAGCUGUUAGUUAAGGAACACACAGUUUUUGGGAACACUAGGAGGGAAAAUGCUCUGGCUACAUACACUCAGGGUGGAGAUUUAGUCCACCAGCAUACGUUGCUGGAAAGACAUAGAUUUUGUUCUGGAAAAAAAAACAAAAAAAAAAAACAUUUUUUUGCUUCCCUCAUGCAAAAACUUUCAAUGCCAAUGUGAAUAUGCACUGCUGUAAAUUCAGAGAUUUGACCCAAUUAGAUAUGAAAUAGCACCCGUUUGAAAAGAUAUAUUUUGUACUUCACGUUUGAGGGAAAUGCUCAUCACAUUUAUUGGUAAAGAGAAGAAGUUCUGAAACAUGAGUAAUUGUCCAACAAUAAACUUCAAAAAGGAAUUAAUAUCCUGUCUUCAGGCUCUC